GGCGGAGAGGAUGAGAGCAGGAGGAGGUGGCGGCGCGGCCGCGAGAGGUUCGGAUGACGCGCUCUAUACGGAGCUGUGGCUAGCGUGCGCCGGGCCCCUGGUGACGCUUCCUCGCCAGGGGGAGUUGGUCUUCUACUUCCCCCAGGGUCAUAUCGAGCAGGUGGAGGCAUCGACGAAUCAGGUGGCAGAUAAUAAGAUUGCGAUGUACGAUCUUCCGCCAAAAAUCCUUUGUCGGGUGCUCAACGUCCAGCUUAAGGCGGAACCGGAUACAGAUGAAGUUUUUGCACAGGUGAUGCUGCUCCCGGAGGCAAAUCAAGAUGAGAAUACUGUGGAGAAGUUGAAGCCCCCUCCACCACCACCGAGGCCUCACGUGCACUCCUUCUGCAAAACGCUAACUGCUUCUGAUACAAGCACUCAUGGUGGGUUCUCAGUUCUCAGGCGGCAUGCUGAUGAGUGUCUUCCUCCGCUGGAUAUGAGCCAGCAGCCCCCAACACAGGAGCUGGUGGCAAAGGAUCUGCAUGGGGUGGAGUGGCGAUUCCGCCAUAUAUUUCGUGGUCAGCCAAGGAGGCAUCUGCUGCAAAGCGGCUGGAGUGUAUUCGUUAGUUCCAAAAGGCUUGUGGCUGGGGAUGCUUUUAUCUUUCUAAGAGGAGAAACUGGUGAGCUUCGUGUUGGCGUGAGACGGGCUAUGAGACAACUUACCAAUGUCCCACCUUCAGUCAUUUCUAGCCAUAGUAUGCACCUUGGUGUCCUUGCAACUGCAUGGCAUGCCGUAAGCACAAAAACCAUGUUCACUGUCUACUACAAACCCAGGACGAGCCCAUCCGAGUUCAUUAUUCCAUACGAUCAAUAUAUGGAAUCUGUUAAAAACAACUAUUCAGUAGGGAUGAGAUUUAAAAUGAGGUUUGAAGGUGAAGAGGCCCCAGAACAGAGGUUUACUGGUACUAUUGUUGGUAUCGGAGAUGUCGACCCAGUUAUGUGGUCUGGAUCAAAAUGGAGAUGCCUGCAGGUUCGAUGGGACGAGACAUCGUCUAUUCCCCGUCCAGAUAGAGUUUCUCCUUGGAAGAUAGAGCCAGCUUCAACUCCUCCUGUUUAUCCCCUUCCAAUUUCUAGGGUUAAAAGGUCUAGACCGAAUGCUUUGUCCAACUCCCCUGAUUCAUCUGUUCUGACAAAAGAAGGUGCAAUCAAAGCGAACGCAGACCCUUCCAAACCUCAUGCAAUUUCCAGGGUUCCAGAAGUGGUGGGUAUAAGGAGCAACAUAACUGAUAGUAAUGAGUCGGACACUGUUCAGAAACCUUUAAUAUGGCCACCACCUCUUGAUGAAGACAACAAUGAUGCAAUUUCUUCUCAGAGAAGGUUAUGUUCAGAUAGUUGGAUGCAGAUGGGCAGCAGGCACGAACCCAACUAUAAGGAUAUAGUAUCUGGGCAUCAAUCUUUUGGCAAUAACCCACGUGGUUUUUGUUUGCAAUUUUUUGAAGAGACUCCUUGUGGCCUUAAUUAUUCAAACAAGAACCAUUGUCGAGAUCAUGGAGGUGGCGACCGUAACUUGCUUGCAAGCUCAUACUCCCUAAGGCCUGCAGAAUCUCCCUUGAAUAGGGAAUCAUCAAGGAUGAAAGUGCCUCCCCAAAUCAGUGAGUUACCUUGUUGGGACACUCAAAAUAUUAACUAUAGUAAUUUGGGAGAAUUCUCUCAAGUGCAAAAUCUUAGAACUGAAAACAGUUCACCCAAGUGGUUAACUCAACUGCUUCCAGCUUCUCAAAAGCAACAUGUGCCGCAUACUGAGAUGGUGAGAACAAACGAAAGCGGCAUUUAUAAGCUAUUUGGGUUUCAUCUGAAUAGCAUUCCUCCUGCAUCUGAUCAAAUGAAGUCAUUAAAAAACCCUAAUGUCGACCCUAUUUCAAGUGCUCCAACAUCAGUACCGAUAAAACAAGCACCGGCUGCUGAGGAAAAUACAACAUCUGUAAGUACUGCUGCGAUGGAGAGUGAGAAUGGCAAGUAUAUUCAACAAUGCCCACAAAGUGGUAAUAAAGAUGUUCAGAGCAAGCUUCAGGGUGGCCCUAGAAGCUGCACAAAGGUCCAUAAGCAGGGAAUAGCACUUGGUAGAUCUGUUGACCUAACAAAGUUCUACGGCUAUGAUGAACUGAUUGCCGAAUUAGAUCAAAUGUUUGAAUUUGAGGGCGAAUUGAUGUCUGCAAACAAAAAGUGGCUGAUUGUGUAUACUGAUAACGAGGGUGAUAUGAUGCUUGUUGGAGAUGAUCCUUGGGAAGAAUUUUGCAGGAUGGUCCGCAAGAUUUUUAUAUAUACAAGAGAGGAGGUCCGGAAUAUGAAUCCGAGGUCCUUGAUCCCAAGAGCUGAGUCAUCUCCAGCUGGUGCUGAAGGAAAUGCGGCUGCAAAAGAAACGAAGGCUCGCCCGCUUUCGUCAACAACUAAUUCGGAGAACUGCUAGAUCUACCUCCUAGAAUAGGUUUUUGAAGCAGAAUUGAUGUGGAAGUAUCUCUUUCUUCCGCUCGUUGGUGGGACCUAGUUGAGUUAUUAUUAGAUGUCAGUUGGUAAGCCCCAUCCCCUUCUUCAGCUAGGUGUCCUUCUCAUCUAAUGCACAAUUGCUAUUAGGUUUGUCUAUGUUUGUUCUCAAGCUAUAUAGGGCCAACCCUGUUUCCUUUUGUCAUCCAUUAUGUAUGUACAUAUAGAUAUAUAUCUCAAUAUUUAGUUUACAUAUAAUGGUUGAGUUAACCCAUCUCUUGAAUGAGAACUCUUCCUUAUACUUAAAAACUGCAGAAUCUAUGUUGUAACCCCCGUUUUGUUUGUGUUCUAGUAAAAAAGCAUUGCAUCAUGAGAUAAAAUGUUCAGUCAGCAUAUAUACACAUAACAUAGGUAUAGCGGAAUGUAUGCUAUUUCUUUUUCGGAAA